UCAAUUUCUUCGAUACGGAUUUAUUUCACGGAUGAUGUGACAGAAAUUACAACAAGGGAGGUAGCAAUAGGACGUUGUCCGAGCGUCGUUAUUCUCUGUCUUGUAACAACACAUCAGAGAAACCCACCGGGAAGUAUAUAUGCCAUGCGUUGCUGAGAUACCCGAGGUCAAAUGGGGUCCAAAGUAGAUGCGAAAGUUGUGCUUCUGGGAAAAGAAUACAGUGGAAAAACCAGCUUAGUUGAAAGAUAUUUACACCACAGAUUCAACGAUAAUGUCCCAUACCAGAAUACUAUAGGAGCAGCUUUUGGUGCCAAGAAAGUCACUGUGGCCAACAAAUGUGUUACUUUAGGAAUAUGGGAUACUGCUGGUUCGGAGCGGUACGAGGCUAUGAGUAGGAUUUACUAUCGCGGAGCUAAAGCUGCUGUGUUAUGUUAUGAUCUCACAGACAAGUCUAGUUUUGAACGAGCCAAGUACUGGGUAAAUGAGCUAAAAACCUAUGAAGAUGGUUGCAGAAUAUAUUUGUGUGGCACCAAGUAUGACAUGGUUCAAAAUGACAAAAAACUACGGCAAGUUGAUUACCAUUCUGCAACAGAUUAUGCUGAGGAAAUAAAUGCUAAAGUAUUUGAAACCUCAAGCAAAACUGGCCACAAUGUUGAGGAGCUGUUCUUUGAACUUGCCCAGGACUAUUCAAGAGAAGAGUCAGCAGUUGAAGAGGGUGAAGCUCAAACUCUAGAGUUGACAGAACCUUUGCGACAAGGAAGGAUGGCCUGCUGUGGUGUGAAGUUAUGAUGCAGCAAGUGAAUGUAUAAACAGAUUUAUUAGAUAUUUUUAAAUUAGUAAUCAGAUCAUCUCUGAUAUUAUUACUUAAAUACAGUAGAUGAGUACAGCUGAAAACCUUUUGUAAGAGCUUCUUUUUAUCAGAGACCAUCUGUCUCAGGAGAUGUGUAGAUAGGAGGUGCUAAAUAUUAUUGUUGUUAACCCCUUGACCCUUAACAAUGGCUCAAAAAUAAAUAAUCAUCCAAUUUCUCCUCACAAUACCACCUGUUAAUCAAACAUUAAGGUCACAAGAAUAAAGGAAAUGAUCACCAACUGAAGAAGUUCUUGAUUGUUAAACAAAUUCUCCUU